AUGACGAUAAUCGCCUUUGACGAAUUGCACAUAGAUUUUAAGAAUCCCAUCGACCAGGGCAAUCCAGCCAGGGCAAGAGAGAGGUUGAAAAAUGUCGAACGGAUCUGUUGCCUUCUGAGAAAACUUGUGGUUCCGGAAUAUUCGAUCCACGGACUUUUUUGCCUGAUGUUCCUCUGUGCAGCUGAAUGGGUGACUCUGGGCCUCAAUAUCCCCCUCUUGUUCUACCAUUUGUGGAGGUACUUUCACCGCCCGGCAGAUGGUUCCGAAGUCAUGUACGAUGCCGUCUCUAUCAUGAAUGCUGACAUCUUAAAUUAUUGCCAGAAAGAAUCAUGGUGCAAACUGGCUUUUUAUCUGUUGUCUUUCUUCUAUUAUCUGUACAGUAUGGUUUAUACGCUGGUGAGUUUCUAA